CCUUUUCUUUUUUACAUCACUUUUUCUGAUCCGGUGCUUUUACAGCAGGGAGAAGAGUUUCUCUUUCUAUUUUUUAAUCAUAGAACUGAGGAAUUGUUGUUUUUUCGGGUUGUAAACUGUGUGUUGCAUUUAGUUAUUUCUGUUUUUUUUGUUGGUUGGUGAGAUACUUCGGAGCUGUGGACCUGUGGUUGUAGAUUGGAAAUCAAGAACAUAUUUUGCUGCAGAUAUCUCUGUCAAAUUGAGUUUUUGGUAGUUGGCCUUUCAAAUGACUUGAUAGACUCUUGUUGAUGUUAAAGAGUUCAUCUUGAAAUUUGAUACGUGUAUUUUCUUGCCAUUUUGUCGAAUUCUUGAAAGGGGGGUUGUCGUUUUUCCACGGGGUCGAUGAAUUCUCGUAUCUUCUUGCCAUAUCUCGCGUCCGGUUUAUGAUGCAGCCUCGAGUUAAUUGAGCUGUUUGCUGAGCCCCUUCAUGGAGAUUGAGUGGAAUGCGAAGUGGGAUUGGGAAAACUUAGUCGUGUUUGGUUCAAAGGGGAUUGAGAGUCCGAAGAAUCUGCAGUUAGCGGAUUGGACAAUUGUCGAUGAUGGAGAGAUCCAUGGUGGAUCCUUCAAUCUUUCUGCCGCUGCUUGUAAUGGUAACAGUGGUGGUGGCUCUGAUGGUAGUAGGCAUGGUUCUUCAGCCAAAAGCUCGAUAUCAGCUUCUACCGACUCAUCCCGCAAGGAUAGGAUGCAGACUUCCAUCUUAACAUUCACUACAUCCGAGGGCUCUUCUGGGAACUUCAGCAAGAAGAUUGAGAUGAAAGGAAUCGAGCUUUCUGGAACUUCCUCAACUCCAGAUGCAGAAGCAUUGCUCGGAUUGAAGCUGGGAAAGCGGACAUAUUUUGAGAACACCGGAGGUGGAGGCACUGCUAAGAGCACUUCCUUUUCUGCCAUGCAUGCUCCAGCCACCGCCACCGCCACUGCACCAAAGAAAACUAAAUCAUCUGGUCAGAAUAGUCCUAUAUGUUGUCAAGUCGAGGGCUGUAACACUGAUCUUUCACUGGCGAAAGAAUAUCACCGGAAGCAUAGAGUUUGUGACAGCCAUUCAAAGUGCCCAAAGGUUAUGGUUGGAGGCUGUGAACGCCGGUUUUGCCAGCAGUGCAGCAGGUUUCAUAGCUUGUCAGAGUUUGAUGAAAAGAAGCGCAGUUGUCGAAGAAGGCUUUCUGAUCAUAAUGCAAGGCGUCGUAAGCCACAGCAGGAAACCAUCCAGUUCAAUCUGCCUAGGCUAUCAACCCCAUUCUAUGGAGGGACCCAACCGAUGAGUUUCAUGUUGAACAAUUCCCCACUUGCUCACUCGAGGACAACUGCAAAUUCUAGUUGGAACAACUCCAAAUUCGCACUAGCCAAAGGGUGUUUGUUGAAGUCUGAAGGAGAUGAAGGUAUUGAUGAACAGUUGCACAUGCCAGGAAUCAGGCUGCCACAAACCAUCAAUAUGCAAAAUGCAGCAAAUCAUACAAAGCCAGUGGUUUUGAAUCCAGGUGGCAAGGGAUCAUUGAUCUCUUCCCUAGAUGCAGCACCAGAAUAUCGUCGUGCUCUCUCUCUUCUGUCAAGCAAUUCCUGGGAUUCGUGCAAUCAAGAAUCGGUUCAGUUACACCAUCAACUACAUGAGAACAGUUCCAACAUCAUCCAACCUUUGUAUCAUGCAAUCCCUGAAGGUGUGCCCUUCUCUUCCUCAGACUUCUGGCCGACUGGGCCACAUCCAACUCAUCACUACGUUCAAUCUUUGGGUACAAAGACACCCUACGAUAAUGACUUCUAUUCCAACAUACUGAACUGACCAAUGUCGACAAGUCUGUUCUUCAUCUUCGCGGUCCUAGUCUAGGUGGUCCUUGAAUAAGGUUGGUCACACACUCUCACCUCAUCGGAGAAAAGGUUUUGAAUUAUGACGUUGCCUUUUUUUGUUGGUUCCUGCCUUGUUCGCGACAUCUUGCUGUCUCAUAUGGCAGGCCAUCUAACAAGUUGCUUCGUUUUGGGAAAACGAUUGUUCAUUCAGUUUGAAGGAUAACAUAUUUUGGUACUGUACUGUUAUCAGAUUUUGCAAGUGUUUUAACAAUGCUCCUUCACUUGUAACUUGAGAAUAUUUUGAAGUACCAACUAUUCAAUAAGUAUUCAACUUCAUAUCGUUUGUCAUCA